GGCAAGGUGGCUGAACUUUCCAAGAAGUUUUAGCGGCGAGAUCUGCAACGAGAGCAGCCGAGAGGCAGAGAUUCUCUCUGAUAUCUCCUCCCUGGUGUGCUGCGCUGCUGCUGGUGGAGUCUCCCGUCCGGUUGGGACGCUUUCGGCCCGAAUGUCCGCUUGGGAUCUAUCAACUAUUCGGUGAUAUGUCCUCUCGUCUGUUCCUUCACCUCUCUGACCUCAUCUGCCGGCUGCCUCGUUGACCCGACCAAACAAGAUUCCCUGUCGUCCUUCUGUUCCCGACGCGAUGGUGCGGAGUGCUGUUUUCAUGAUGCUUCUCGCUGUGGCGUCGACCUGUGUCGCCACGGAGGCAAGACCCGCACAACAGGUGAGUGCACACACCCAUGACCCGUAUACGACCCAUUCACUCAUUCGCUUUGGUGAAAAUGGCUGACUCGUGUGUUCAGGCCCAUUUUCGUGGCCUGCAGGUGUCCCCGCCUGGCAACACGUCCCUGUGUGUGUCCGAGUAUAAGGCGCUGCUCGGCCUGCUGGGGGGCAAUGAGACCACACCGCUCACCUCACUCUACCGGUACGCACACACAUCAUGCCAUGACUCCAACAGCUGGCAGAUGGCUCUCCGUCUGUGUGUGUGUGUGUGUGUGGCGUAGGACGUCUGUGGACGGCACCACUUACGAUGACCUGCUGGACAGUGUGGGCGUCGCAGAGCCUCUCGUGUUUGUCAUCAGAAAGGACAAGUACGUCUUCGGCGCCUUCAUCAACUGUGGUCUGGAGCUGCCCGACAACCCGACCGGCUGGCACGAGUACAGCUGUGACCUGUGGUAUUUCUCGCUGGCCGGGCACUUCCCCCAGCCGACCAAGAUCGAGUUCGGCGAAUACAAUCAGCAUUUGUCGGUGGCGGGGAGGGAGGGGAGUGUGUAUGGUGCGAAUGUGGAGAUUGGCUGGUGGCUGCGACUGGGUGAGAGGAGCCCUGACGAGCCAGCUGCUGACAUCCGCAACUGCCAUCAGCUCACCCACAGGUCCCCCCUUCCCGCGGGCUAUACAGGGGCGAGGGACAGCAAUGGCCAUGCAGUGCUGGGUGGGUCGAGGAUUUUCCACGGUGAUGAGAUAGAGGUGCUGUAUGUAGAUGGAUAUUACGGUGGCGGUCGAAUGCAGUAUGUGACCCCGCCUAACGGCACAUCGUUGUCCGCGUCAGAGUAUAAGGCGCUGCUCGGCCUGCUGAGGGGCAAUGAGACCACACCGCUCACCUCACUCUACCGGUAGACACACAUCAUGCCAACAGCUGGGAUCGUGACAGCUAUGGGCAGAGAGAGAGAGAUCUGUGUGUGUGUGUGUGUGAGAGAGUGUGUUGUAGGACGUCUGUGAACGGCACCACUUACGAUGACCUGCUGGACAGUGUGUGCGACGUGUUUGUAAUCAGAAAGGACAAGUACGUCUUCGGCGCCUUCAUCAAUUGCGGUCUGGAGCUGCCCGACGAUCCGACCAGCUGGCACUGGUACGACUGUGACCUGUGGUAUUUCUCGCUGGCCGGCCACUUCGCCAGGCCGACCAAGAUAGAGAUCUAUGGAGAGAUGCAGCGGGUGUUAGUGGCGGGGAGAGAGGGGAGUGUGUGGAGUGCGAAUAAGUACAUCGUGUCCAUCGGUGGGUUCCUGUUGUUGGGUGACGAUGAGGACAGUGACCAGCCGGCUGCCGACAUCCGCAGCUGCCGUCAAUACAACUGGAGGUGGCAUGUGCCUGCGGGCUAUACAGGGGCGAGGGACAGCAAUGGCUGGGCAGUGCUGGGUGGGUCAAAGUAUUUCCAUGCGGAUGAGAUAGAGGUGCUGCACGUAGUUGACGGGCAGUAGGUGAGAGGGUGGUCGAGUCGGUGAGGCGGGGAGUCGUCUGGGCAAAUAUGAUUUGCUUCUUUAUUCAAGCCGCCACAUGUGGUACGUCAUGUGGUGUGUGUUGUGGUGUGUGUGUAUAUAAUAGAUGGACUGGAUGAAGAUGGACGGCACCACAAAAGGGUAUGCACAUCCAUUCUGUUUAUCAGUCAAUGGACUCACUCACUACAGUCACCCACUCACUGUGCGGUGUCUGGGCUGCCGUCUGUCUGUUGCCAUGCGGUGAUGGUUGUUGGCGAGAGUGUGUUGAUCUCUGGUCGGUGCAUCUGUCACACACGGCCGGCUCACAGACAGACAGGAGGACCAGCACAGUCACACACACACACACACGUUGGCCUGCCUGUCUCAUUGUUGUGUGUGUGUGGGACAGAGAGAGAGGCCGAUGUGUUUUUCCGUUCACUCGCCUGGGCGAGUGUGUUCUGUCUGACAUGGGUGUCUGUAUAAUGGUGUGUCCAUCGUGUCUGUGGUACUCUGUGUUAUUUUCCUGCAUGCGUGUGUGUCCACCCUCUCCCUCUGUGGGCAUCUUGACGAUUGAUCCGAGGCAACUUGACGAUCUGAUCAAUCGACUGACUGACUCAGACACAUGCUUAUCCAUGGAAAGAGUUGAC